UUGAGUGCAGGCGUUCGCUUUUAUGGCUUCAGUGCCGAGAAGGCUGGUUACCAUGCAGGUAUCACAUCCAAUCUGGUCUGGUUUAUCAUUUCACUGGAAUGCUUCAACAGCGGUGUCCCUGAUAAUGAAGAAUUGUUCGUUGUGUUUCAGGUUUGUGUCGCUGCACAAGUGUUCCAUGGGCAGGCUCCCUGUUUAUAACUAUAUAGUUGCAGUUCAAGUGAGUGUCUUUGGCUUUCUUUUGCAUUUUUGACC